AGGUAAAAAGUAAAUGUAGGGAACUUGUAUAAAAUUGUAUAAAGACAAAUAGAUAAUCAAAACUGCAGAUUAUCCAACAAAUUGCAAGGCUAUUAUAACAGCCUGCAAAGUAAGGGAUUCACUUUGCAAAGUUUCAAGACUUUUUUCAUCAGCAAAAAUGACUUCAUUUUUACGGACCAAUUUACUGUCUCAGAGUGGUAACAACUUCUGGAAAAGAACUUCAUUAUGGACAUCAAGGUACUCUCAGGUGUCUCACUUCUACAGCAAAAACCUGUCGCAUAUAACAACCAAUCCACCGCCAUUUUGCUUCCAGCAUUUUUCAAGGGACAGAAUUUUCGGGCUUGUAUUGAACAAAAACUUGCCAGCACUCACACUGCAAAAGAAUUAUCGUUUUUUGAGCACCAGUGCACGUCAGCAACAGCAAAGUAAUAAUGAAAAUAAUGAAAACGAUUUUAUGAACAAUUUGCUGAAAGUUUUUCUUGGCACUACGUUCUUUGCUUUUGGAACAAUACUUUUAAUACGCUCUCUGGAGGCAUCCAUGGAACAGCAGAAAAUAUCCUGGUCAGAGUUUGUGGAGAAGUAUUUGGUGACAGGAGAAGUGAAGCGACUUGACAUAACAUCUCAACACACAGUACUUGUUCAACUUCAUCAUGGGGCAGUGGUGGAUGGGAACAGGGAAAACUUUGUCAGGAUUGGAAAUAUAAAAAACACAGCUGAGAUCGAGGGGAUGUUAAGAAGAGAAGAAAGAAGGUUAAAUAUAGACCCCGUGGAUGGAAUACAUGUACAACCAUUACCACCACCACGAAAAUAUACCUUCAUGGAUUUAAUGUUCUUUGCCAUGCUUGGCCUUAUGCUUGUACCUUUGCUAUUUGGAAGGAAAAUGAUGUCUGAAAACUCAAUUCAAAAAAUGAUGAAAACGGUUAUGGGUCAGAGUGGCACAGACUCACUUGCAAAACCAACGGGGAUUUAUUUUAAAGACGUGGCUGGUAUGAAAGAAGCAAAGCAGGAGGUUAUGGAAUUUGUCGACUUUUUGAAGAGGCCCGAUAAAUAUAAAACACUUGGGGCAAAAAUGCCGAAAGGUUGUCUGCUCACUGGGCCACCCGGUGUUGGGAAAACCCUCCUAGCGAAAGCAGUCGCUUCCGAAUCUGGCGUGCCUUUUAUUCCGAAGUCAGGGUCGGAUUUUGUUGAACUAAUUGGAGGUUUGGGAGCUAAAAGGGUGCGGCAACUUUUUGAGAAUGCCCGGAAAAUGGCUCCAUGCAUCGUUUACAUAGAUGAGUUAGAUGCUAUUGGGGGCCAACGGAAAGACUCAAACAGUUACCAGGACUCGUCCGAAAAAGACCGAACAUUGAACCAAAUAUUGGUAGAAAUGGACGGCAUGUUAAGCGCCCAGCAUGAUGUGCUUGUACUUGCUUCUACUAAUAGACCUGAUGUACUGGACAAGGCAAUAACAAGACCUGGUCGUUUUGAUCGUCAUAUUUACAUUGACCUGCCAACCAAAAUAGAACGUAAACAAAUACUUGAGCGCCAUCUUGCAACUAUUACACUGGAGAACCAACCAAAGGAAUAUUCUGAACAGCUGGCUACUGUAACACCUGGAAUGAGUGGAGCAGAUUUGGCAAAUCUUUGCAACUUAGCUGCAAUCCAAGCAGCUACAGAAGGAGACAAAGUAGUGAAGGAGAAACAUCUGGAUUAUGCUGUGGAGCGAGUUAUCGCAGGUGCGCCAAAGUCCUCGACAGCCGUCUCUCCAGAAGAGCGCAAAAUUGUUGCGGUCCAUGAAUCUGGUCACGCUCUUAUGGGUUGGCUAUUAGAACACACCAGUGCACUUUCUAAGGUUUCUAUUAUACCAAGAACCAAUGCUGCUCUUGGCUUUUCAAGGACACUACCCACAGAAAGGCAUCUUCAUACUCCAGAACAGAUAUUGGACAACAUGUGUAUGGCCUUGGGUGGCAGGGCAGCUGAAGAGAUUGUGUUUGGGAAUGUGACACAGGGGGCUCAAGAUGACUUGACCAAAGUAACAGACAUGGCUUAUGCUCAUGUCAAAACAUUUGGUUUUAACCCAGUAGUUGGCCCUCUAUCAUUUACUGAGGAUGGUGAUCAUUCGUUGAGGCCGUAUAGUGAACGGUUGGCUACAACCAUGGACAGAGAAGUAAACAAGUUAAUUAAAUCUGCUUACGAGCGUGCAAAAAAAGUUCUUCAACAAAACCGUGAACUUUUGGACACUUUAACUAGUGCUCUGUUUGAAAGGGAAUCUUUAAAUUUUGAUGACGUUGUCAUGCUAAUUGGUGCACCUGCAUAUGGAAAUAAAGAACAGAUUCAAACCGUUCCUUUUGGGCCAUUUGCUUCUGACACUCAAGAAACCGAACUUGAAACAGAAAAAGAAGAGACAUAAAACAUUUCAAUAUAUAUUUAAGUUCACUGUUCAAGUUAGUGGCACAUAAACUGCCACAAGUGCUAAAAAAGCAGCUUAAAUUUCUUUCCAAAUUGCAGCGUUUUCCAAAACCGCAUACAAUAGUAACAUGUUAUGUUAAUUAGGCGUUUUUCACAUCAAUUUAAUUUUUUGUUUAAUACUUGCUUAGCUGAUUCUUACGGUAUUGAUGUGUCUGAAUCUUAAAAUAUUCAAUUUUGAGUGCAGAAAGUCGAAUAUGUUUCAGUUACUACCUUUGUUACUCUACUACUAUCAUCACUGUGCUGCUAUUUUAUGUUUAGUUUCAGAAACUCUAAUUUUUGUCACUUUUUUUCCAAUCUCUAGUGUAUGGCUUCGUACUGAUGCCUACAGGUGGUAAAGUAUCCGGAAUUUGUUCGUUUUGUCCAGAUUUCGCUGCCGCAUGCCGAACUCGGUAAUGAGUUUUGCAUACGACUUCGCAUGCCGGAUACUGUGAACACUACAGCCACCUUAAGAAUAAAACUUUUUUGAUAUAUAGUACAUGUUUUUAAAUUGAUAAAAAUGUGGAAUUGUCCCGAAAAAAAGUUUGUCAGUUUCCCAUUUGUUAGUAAUCGCAUCAUUAUUUCACCAUCUUUUAUCUACUGUGUUUCCUAAGUUUUAUUUGCAGGCUUAAGACUUAUCUUCUAUGGCAUACAUACUACAAUCUGGUUACUUAAUUUUGUUUCAUCACAG